AUGGCACUUGUUCCGCGCUCGCGAGAGAUCGCGGAGAGCUGCCUAGAUUUUCUCAACAUUGAGCUCGUUGCGACGUAUGCGCGGCAGUCCAACUUGCGACCAGAGCUCGCCGGUCGUCGGAUCGAGGCGAUUGGCUUUCAAGUGGGUCAACAACUAGUAGAGAGGUUCACCAAGGACAGAGCCCGAUUCACAGACCACUUGGAUGUGAUUAAGUUCAUCUGCAAGGACUUUUGGGCCGAGGUGUUCAAGAAACAAGUGGACAACCUCAAGACCAACCACAGAGGAGUAUUCGUUUUGCAAGACAACAAGUUCAGAUGGCUCACGAGAAUAUCAGCCGAUGCUCCAUCAUAUGACGCAUUAACACCUCUUCCAAACCCUAGUCCCAACCUUCGAUCACCGACGGAGCGCAUGGCAGGAGCUGGAGGGGCAGUGGCAGGCACCAUGAAGGCGUCUGCUGUUGCAGGGCAGUUUCUGUAUCUUCCCUGUGGACUCAUCAAGGGGGCGCUUACCAACCUUGGAGUACCAUGCACAGUCUCGGCGGAAGUCACUACACUUCCUGGGUGUUCGUUCACAGUUCCUGGACAUCAUUCAUCACUAGAAAAGCUUCGAGUAGCUUGGGUUGUUAUCGGUUACGCGCUGAGUUCCAGUUUGCUGGCCAUUGUUAACAAGUACCUUGUGUGCACCAUUGUUACGCUGGGGCUAGGAAGAUUGAAGGUGUUGGAGCAUGACUCUCUCAGCCUGGAAAAGAUUGUGAAGUUCUUACCGGCAGCAGCGACGUUCUACGUUGCCAUAUGGACAAAUACUCAGCUCCUCAAACAUGCCAACAUCGAAACGUUCAUUGUGUUCCGAUCUUCUACACCACUGCUUGUUGCGAUAGCAGACUCAGUGUUUAUGGGAAGGUCAUGGCCUUCGGGUCUCACAUUUUUGUCCUUGCUGACGAUAUUCGGUGGCGCGGUUGGCUACGUCUUCUUUGACACCGGAUUCACCGUCACAGCAUAUGCGUGGGCUUGGGCAUAUCUGAUCGUCAUUACCUUCGAGAUGGUCUACAUCAAGUCAGUCGUUAUGAGCAUAGGGCUCAAUACAUGGGGUCUGGUGCUUUACAACAAUCUGCUAGCCCUGAUAUUCUUCCCUCCUGCACUGAUUGGCAUGAAUGAGCCAAGUCAAAUUGCUGCCUUUGGUCUGUCCCGGAUAUUCAGCAUAGGGACUCUCUUCCCUGUUGCGCUCUCCUGCAUUUUUGGUCUGACCAUAAGCUUCUUCGGCUUCGCUGCACGGAAGGCAGUCUCAGCAACUGCUUACACAGUUGUUGGAGUGACAAAUAAGCUUCUUACAGUCCUCAUUAACAUACUGAUAUGGGACAAGCAUGCCCAGGCGCCAGGGUUGGUGGCUCUCCUAGUGUGCAUAUUCGGUGGAGUGUUAUACCAGCAAUCAGUUACCCAAACGCAGCCAACGAAGACCACUCCAUCUGACAUCGAGUCUGUUCCUCUGAUUAGCAUUAAGUCAGAUCCUGGUGGCGGUAAGCCUGUUGUACAGGUUGAGUCUGCUGCUGAGGCAGCUUCAGAAGAAUAA